CAUCACAGACUUGGAGGGGAUAGUCUGUGACCAAGGCUGCUCCAUUCCCCUCCUGUGCCUCCGACUCCCUGGUCAAGUAUGAGACUUGUCCUCUCUACCGUGCUGUCCUUUGGGAUAGUGGCUCUGUGUUUUGCUGCACCUUCCAAGGCCACCGUCAGAUGGUGCACAAUAUCCUCACCGGAACAGAAGAAAUGCAAUGACCUGAAGGAGCGCAUGCAACAAGAGAGCCCCGGGCUGGCUUGUGUGCAGAAAACCACCUACUUUGACUGCAUAACGGCCAUUGCGAGAAAUGAAACAGAUGCUCUGAGCCUGGAUGGCGGUCACAUUUAUGACGCAGGCCUCAGCCCCUACAACCUGAAGCCCAUUGCUGCUGAGGUCUAUGAAGGAAGUAAAGGACCCACAACCUACUACUACGCUGUGGCCGUCGUGAAGAAAGGAACAGGCUUCACAAUAAAUGACCUGAAAGGCAAGACUUCCUGCCACACAGGCUUGGGCAAGUCCGCUGGCUGGAUUAUUCCCAUUGGGACACUUGUCCGCCGGGGGGACAUUCCAUGGGAUGGCAUAGACUCUGGCUCCAUUGAGCAAGAGGCGGCCAAAUUUUUCACGGGCAGCUGCGUGCCUGGAGCCACUGAAAAAGGCCUGUGCCGUCAGUGCAAGGGGGACCCUAAAACCAAAUGCGGCCGCUCAUCACUGUACGCAGGAUAUUCUGGAGCUUUUCUUUGUCUGAAAGAUGGAAAUGGAGAAGUAGCUUUUGUGAAACACACAACUGUUGAAGAAAACGCUGCAGACGAGAAGGAUAAGUAUGAACUGCUGUGUUUGGAUGGCACCAGGCAGCCCGUGGACAACUAUAAAACCUGCCACUGGGCCAGGGUCCCUGGUCAUGCUGUCGUGGCUCGAGAUGAUGGCAAGGCUGAAGAAAUCUGGACUUUCCUCUCAAAAGCACAGGAAAAAUUUGGCGUUGGCACAACCAGUGACUUCCAUCUCUUUGGGACACCUGAUAAGAGUGACCCAUACCACAAAGACUUGCUUUUUAAGAAUUCUGCCAUAUCRUUGAAGAAAAUCCCAACGCUGAUGGAUACCCAGCUCUAUCUAGGCUUUGAGUACUACAGCGCCAUUCAGAACCUCAAGAAAGAUCUGAUGUCUUCUAGCUCCAAGAAAAGAAAGAUUCAGUGGUGUGCAGUGGGUAAGGAAGAGAAGACCAAGUGUGACCGCUGGAGUGUGGUGAGCAACGGAGAGGUGGAGUGUGCUGUGGGGGAAACCACCAAGGACUGCAUUGUUAAGAUCAUGAAAGGUGAAGCAGAUGCUAUCAGCGUGGAUGGAGGUUUUGUCUACACAGGUGGAGCGUGUGGCUUGGUGCCAGUGAUGGGAGAAAACUAUGAGGAUGAUCAAUGCAGCAGAGCAGGAGAACCAGCCUCUUACUUUGCUGUGGCUGUGGUGAAGAAAUCCAACCCGAGUAUUACGUGGAACAACCUGAAGGGCAAGAAGUCCUGCCACACGGCCGUUGGGAGGACGGCCGGCUGGAACAUCCCCAUGGGCUUGAUUCACAACAAAACGGGCAACUGCAAUUUCGAGGAAUACUUCAGCGCGAGCUGCGCUCCAGGGUCUGCUCCUGGCUCCCGCCUCUGCAAGCUCUGCAAGGGCUCAGGUGGGAUGCGGCCGGAGAAGUGUGUGGCCAGCAGCCAUGAGAAAUACUACGGCUAUACUGGAGCUUUCCGGUGCCUUGUCGAGGAAGGCGAUGUGGCCUUCAUUAAGCAUUCAAUCGUGGAGGAGAACACUAAUGGCAAAAAUAAAGAGCCUUGGGCCAAAGAUCUGACCAUGGACCAAUUUGAGCUGCUGUGCCUUGAUGGGAGGAGGGCAAAUGUCAUGGAUUACAGAACCUGCCACCUGGCAAAAGUUCCUACCCAUGCUGUGAUCUCGCGUCCUGAGAAAGCGAGUGAAAUACGUGAUCUGCUGAAGAGACAGGAGAAAUUGUUUGGAGAAAAGGGAAGCGACAAAGACCGCUUCAUGAUGUUUAAGUCUCAGACCAAGGAUCUUCUGUUCAAAGACUUGACCAAGUGCCUGGUUGAACUGCAAGAGGGAAUAACGUACCAGGAAUUCCUGGGAGACCAGUACUACGCUUCGGUCGCCAGCCUCAAUACGUGCAAUCCAUCAGAUCUCCUCCAGGUGUGCACCUUCCUCCAAGACUUGUACGCGCGGGCGGCCAUGGCGGCGGGCGGGCUGGAGCGCUACCUGGACUCGCUGCGGCGCGAGCUGCGCGCCCCGGACCCCGCCGUGCUCUCCGUGCUCGCCGCGCUGCUCGCCGUGGCCCUCACGCUGCUGAUCUGGCGGCUGCUGCCGGGCCGGAGCGGCGGCCGGCGGGCGGUGCUGCUGCUCGGCCUCUGCGACGCGGGCAAGACGCUGCUCUUCGCCAGGCUGCUGACGGGCCGGUACCGCGCCACGCAGACCUCCAUAACGGACAGCUCGGCCGCGUACCGCGCGAGCGGCGACAAGGGUGCGAACGUGACCUUGAUAGACCUUCCGGGCCACGAGAGUUUACGGCUUCAGUUCUUGGAGAGGUUCAAGGCUGCCGCCAGAGCACUCGUGUUUGUGGUGGACAGCGUGGCCUUCCAGCGGGAGGUGAAGGACGUGGCCGAGUUCCUCUACCAGGUCCUGGUCGAUAGCACCGUGCUCAAGAACGCGCCCGCGCUGCUCAUCGCUUGCAACAAACAAGAUGUCACAAUGGCAAAAUCAGCCAAACUGAUCCAACAGCAGCUGGAGAAGGAGCUAAACACCUUGCGAGUGACCCGUUCUGCAGCCCCYACCAGUUUGGAUGGCCCUGCUGCUGGGAUUCCCGCCCAGCUGGGCAAGAAGGGCAAGGAUUUUGACUUCUCCCAGCUGCCCAUGAAGGUGGAGUUUGUGGAGUGCAGCGCCCGGGGCAGCAAGGGAGAGGAUGGAGAUGCUGAUUUGGAGGCCCUGGAGAAAUGGCUGGCCAAGAUUGCUUGAGGGAGGAAGGCUGGAACGCACAGA